AUGAAGACUUCCAUCAUCCAGGCCGUCGUCGGCACGGCUGCCGUCUUCAUUGCCGGAUGUGAUGCGUCGUCUCAUCAUCGACGAAUGCACCAGGCGCAUCAACGUUUAGCUCAUCCUCACGGCCAUGUUCACUCUCGAGCCGAGACCGAUGCCAUUGUCAAGCGAGGAACUUGCGCUUUCCCUACCGACGACCCUAACCUUGUCGCUGUCACUCCUGACCAGAAAAAUGCUGGAUGGGCUAUGAGUCCUGACCAAGAGUGCAAGCCAGGCAACUACUGCCCUAUUGCUUGCAAGCCUGGCAUGGUUAUGAACCAAUGGGAUCCGGAUUCGACUUAUACCUACCCGGCCUCUAUGAACGGCGGAUUGUAUUGCGACAAGAGUGGCAACGUCAAGAAGCCAUUCCCCGGCAAGCCCAACUGCGUACAAGGAACUGGCUCGAUCAAGGUCGUCAACAAGUGCAAGAGCCACAUGUCUUGGUGCCAGACUGUUCUGCCUGGCAAUGAGGCCAUGUUGAUUCCCACGCUCGUUACCUCUGAAGCUACCAUUGCUGUUCCUGGCCCAUCGUAUUGGCAGGGAACCGCUGCUCACUUUUACAUCAACCCGCCGGGUACUGGUACUGACGGCUGCAUUUGGGGCACAGCAGACAAGCCUAUUGGCAACUGGGGUCCCUUUGUUGCCGGUGCCAACACCGACAGCAACGGCCAGACUUUCGUCAAGCUCGGUCUAAAUCCCAUCUAUGAAUCCUCCGGUUUCAAGGGAACCAAGCCUGGGUUUGGAGUCAAGAUUGAGUGCCCCAACGGUGGCUGCAAUGGCCUGCCAUGCCAAAUCAAUCCCUCUGGUGGCGAAGGAAGUGUUGACAGCAAGCUUGCCGCUGUCGGUGCUGGAGGUGCCUCUUUCUGCGUAGUCACCGUUGCCAAGGGCAGCACUGCCAAUAUUGUCGCCUUUGAUGGAUCUGGCGGCAACAAUGAAUCGCCCAAAGAGUCUUCGCCCGCUCCUCAGCCUACCACCACGCAGCAACCCACGACGAGCCAGGCCCCUACUACGAGCUCAACUCCUGAGCCUACCACUAGUGCUCCGCCUACAACCAGCUCCGAGUCGUCGACCUCGGCGCCCACGACCUCAUCAUCUGCUCGUCCCGUGCUGAUUCCUGGUAUCUUCCACGAAAACAGCACCACGUCUGACAACUCCACGACCACUACGUCGACCACCUCUGUAGUUGAGACGACUGCUCCCAAUGCCCCCAAGCCUACUGAAAAGAAGGGUGAAGCUGGCCGACAGCAGGGCAGUGCCGCAGUAGCCGGCCUUGUUGUAGCCUUCAUCGCCGCCGCUUGCUUGUUCUAA